GACGAUUCAUCCCUGCGUUGGUACAAGGUGACGACAACGCCAUGUCGACGUUCGCCCCUAUACCUGAUCCUCGCCGCAACCCCCGUUACGUCCCUAGUUGACCGUGAAUCGCGACCAGCACGAAACCGUUUUUAUUGUUCGGGAUUCUCGUGUCGGUGCGUUUAUCGUUGCUACCACCGGAUCACUGUCGCUAGGCGAAUUUGGGCUAUGAAUGAAGACCCAACCCUUUCAUAUCGAGGUCUUGAUAGUGUUACUAUUAUCGGUAAUCCCGUGGCCAGGACCCAGCGUGUUUAAAAUAUCAUGCCCACGCGAUCGAGCGUCCGUGGUGAGGAGGAUAGUGCAGAAGAGAUGGAUGCCAAUUCUGAAGAAACAUCAAGUGGAAUUGCCGUUGGAGUGCCCGUUCCACGAAAGUCGGGACAUUUUUCGACCUCAACAAAAGGCGAAACAUCAGCACAGAUCGUCGCAAUGGACCUGCGGCCUGUGUGGCAAAUCAUUUUACGCGGAGAAACACUUGGAUGCCCACUUCGAUAACAGACACAAGAGUAACGUUAACACGGCGGAGGAUGCGGUAUGCCUGGCGGAUUAUUGCGACAUCAUGAGAUGCGAUGUGCUGGGGAACAGGGAUUUCGAGAAUUCUUUGGUGGACGACGAAGCUGGCCACCACAGCACCGACAUACAAGUGUGGAAAGAGAACACGGAGCAACGUUCCACUUCGGUCAUGUCCUGCGAGUCUAGGCCCGGUUUAUCGAGGACGUAUCCGGUGGAGAAAGGUUGCACCAUGUCCGGAGGUGGCGCUGUCACCAACAUUCAGCAAUAUUGCCAUCGAGAAGACAGCGGCGCUCUGGAGAACCAUCGUCUACCGGGUACGGCGUAUCACGUGGAGAUCGCUGGCCCCGACAACAAGAGCAACGCUUGCGACAACGAAGAGGACGAGGACGAAGAGGAGGACGAGGACGAGGACGACGAGGAAAAUCUCGUCGAAGCGGCUUUGCCGGCCGUGGACAAGAAGCAGAGGCGCAAGGGGUUGCAUCUGAGGAAGCUCAAGGCCAACUGCAAACCGGAGGAGUUGCAGAAGCUGAAAUUACAAUGCGAAGUAUUGAUUCGCGAUUGCAUCGCUGGUCUUUUGACAAAUCUUUCGGUACGAGAUUUCCAAGAGAUCGAAGGAGAGUUGAACCGAGCGAUAUGUUGGUAUCUCAGCUGUGACAGAUACUGGGAAGACACGAAGAGGCAACAAAGGCAUACACCUUGGUACCUGUUAACCAUUUUUAUGGUCGUUCUAUUCUCGUCGAUUUACGCGUGCUACUAUAUUAUUUGGGUGUUAUUCAACUCAGCAGAAGAAGACAGGCUAGACGGGAGCGGAAAUUUAGAUUACACGGAUGGAGAUAUCACGGCUACGUCCUCGUCGCACGAUCAGAGUGGUUCUGGCGAGAGUAGAUCUAGCGGGAGAAGGAAGGGAGAACCAGGGGAUGAGAAUAUGCCCACAUCGAACGAGGAGAUGCCCGACCAUUAUAUAUACGUAACCUAUCCACCCGAGCUAAAGCAGCGAUUACUGGACAGCUGCUACAACAGAACCACUCGACUCUAGAAGAGAUCGAAGAGAUAGGAGAAGAAGGUUGGAGAAGAGAAUCGAUCGGGAACGUAAGAAUAAUCGCAAGAUUCGACGAAGUCAGUUUCAUGGCUAACACCACACUUCCUUCCUUUCCAAUUUCCCCUCCUCUCCUUUAAUCUUCGUGUUUUGUAUUGUACCAACUAUGGGAAUAAAUUGCAAAAUGUACACG